AUGAUGAUACGAUCAACAUGCAUCCUCCAACAACAAGCCCCAGAUCACUUCAUCAACAAAUUCAAAUAUUUCUCUUCAUUUCUCCUCCAUUACUCUGUGCCUCCUUCUUCACCCAUUGAAGAAACGGGAGAAGAUUCCGCAUCUCAUUUACUCUCUCUCCUCUCGCUACCCAAUUGGCAGAAAAACCCACGUCUCAAAACCCUAAUCCCAUCGAUUUCCCCAUCACAUAUCACCUCUCUUUUCAACGAUAACCCUAACUUGAAGCCACAAACAGCUCUUUCAUUUUUCAAUAUCUUGUCACAGAGAUCUAAUUUUAGACCUAGUGUUGAGUCUUUUGCAUCACUGCUUACGAUACUGAUCAAGAAUCGAUUUUUAAAUGUGGCUGAAAAGAUCCGGAUUUCGAUGGUGAAGGCUUGCGAAACGGACGACGAUGCGAGGUUUGUUUUGGGGUUUCUGAGAAAAAUGAAUGCUGAUGACGAUGAAGAUUCUGAAUGCAAAUUUAAACUCAGUAUUAGAUGUUAUAAUACAUUGUUAAUGUGUUUAUCAAGGUUUUCGAUGAUUGACGAUAUGAAAUAUGUGUUUCUAGAGAUGUUAGAUAAUGAAAUCAUGCCGAAUAUAUACACUUAUAAUUCCAUGGUGAACGGAUACUGUAAAUUGGGGAAAGUUGAUGCAGCUGGCCUGUAUGUUACCAAGAUUGCUCAAGCAGGGCUUAGUCCUGAUACUCAUACUUAUACAUCCUUGAUUCUAGGCCAUUGCAGGAAUAAAGAUGUCGAUAGCGCACACAAGGUGUUCGAUGUAAUGCCUAAGAAAGGGUGUUGCAGAAACGAGGUUUCUUAUACCAAUUUAAUUCAUGGAUUUUGUGAAGAAAAUCGUAUUGACGAAGCUCUGAAGUUAUUUCACCGAAUGGGAGAUGAUAAUUGCUUCCCUACAGUCCGUACAUUUACUGUUUUGAUUUCUGCAUUAAGUAAGUCAGGUAGAACAGCAGAAGCAUGGGCUUUAUAUAGCAAAAUGAGUGAGAAAAGUUGUGAGCCGAAUGCCCAUACUUACACUGUUCUCAUAGAUGCCAUGUGUAAAGAGAAAAAGUUGAAUGAAGCACGAAAGUUAUUAUAUGGAAUGGAAGCUAAAGGAGUGGAGGGUACUGUUGUGACAUAUAAUGCUUUGAUUGAUGGGUUUUGUAAGGAAGGAAAGGUCGAGAGUGCAUUCGAGAUGCUUAAAAGAAUGGAAAAGAAAAGGUUAAAACCAAAUGUCCGGACAUACAACGGGUUGAUUGGUGGGUAUUGUAAAGGUGAUAACAUUCACAAGGCAAUGGCAUUGCUUGAUAAGAUGAUGAAGAUGAAACUUUCACCUACUAUUAUCACCUACAACUUGCUAAUCAAUGGACAAUGUAAGCAUAAUCAUGUUGAUAGUGCCUAUCGGUUGAUUGGUUUGAUGAAAGACAAUGGUGUUCUUCCUGAUGAAUGGACCUACAGUGCUCUAAUAGAGGCUUUAUGUAAACGAGGGAGUGUAGAAGAAGCUCAUUUGUUGCUUAAAGAAAAGGGCAUAAAAGUAAAUGAAGUUACCUACACGACUCUUAUAAACGGGUAUUUCCAAACUGGGAAGGCGGAUCUUAGCAUGGGUUUGUUUAAAGAAAUGUUGACCAAUGAUUUCUCACCGAAUUCUUGGACGUAUAAUGUACUGAUUCAUGGAUUAUGUAAAGAAGAUACGAUUCAAGAAGCUUUAAUGUUAAUCGGGAAGAUGAUCAAGAUAGGGUUUGAAGUGGAAAUCACUACUUACACAAUCUUUAUCGAACAUUUGUUAAAAAGUUUCGAUUUUUUUGAAGCCCAUAAGCUGUUCAACCAAUUGGGUGCUUCCGGAUUGAAGCCCGAUGUUUGUACAUACACUUCUUUUAUACUUGCAUAUUGUACUCAAGGAAUGAUAAAAGAAGCAGAAGAUAUGAUGAAUGAAAUGAUUCAAAAAGGUGUCAAACCAGACACCGCCACAUAUACGGUUUUCAUCGAUGCGUGUUGCCAUGUAGGACAGAUAAACCGUGGUUUUGAUUUCUUAAAACGUAUGAUGGAUGCCGGAUGUGAGCCUUCUCAACAUACAUACGCGAUAAUCUUGAAGCAUCUUUUGAGGAAAAACUACAAGUCAAACACCGGAAUCGACAAUGCCAUUCCGGUGAACACCGUGUGGAAGAUAAUGGAAUUCGACGAUGCAAUCGAGCUGUUUUCGGAAAUGGUCAAACAGGGUUGUGAAUUAAAAGUCAACACUUUCGAUGCGUUGACCAAGGGGUUGUGUAAAGAAAGGCGGUUUGAAGAAUCUUUAAAGUUGGUGAAUCAUAUGUUGACAAACGGGAUUUCUCCAAAUGAAAGUAUAUACACGUCUUUGGUGAAUUGUUCGUGCUACUUAAAAAUGUUUGAUAAAGCAUUGAGUUUAGUGAACAACAUGGUUGAAAACGGGAUUUUGGUAGAUUUAGAGUCGUAUAAGCUGCUUAUUUGUGGGUUAUAUGAGGAAGGAAAGCAUGAAAAGGGUAAGGAAGUGUUUUGUGGUUUGCUUGAUGGGUAUAAUUCGGAUGAAGUUGUUUGGACAAUUCUUCUUGAUGGGUUGCUUAAACGAGGUUUGGUUAAAAGGUAUUUUGAGCUUGUGGGUGUUAUGGAGGAGAAGGGUUGUCAUCUUAAUCGAUAUACUUAUCAAAUGUUCUUUUUUGUUUGUAAGAAGAAAUGGAGUGGGAGUGGGAGUGGGACCCACACAAUGGAGAUUGAAGGUUCAUGGUUUAUCCGAUCAUUCUUUAAAGCUUGUCCAUUUUCAGAUGAAGGUAAAUCGGUGAACAUGGGAAACCUGGUUUCUUUGUUCCAAUAUUGACAAAGAUUUUUGAGGUUAGAGUUUGUUAGUUAAGAUGCGGCUGGCUAUACAUAAUUUUGUGAAUUGAAAUGGGAAUCAUUUAAACAUUUAAUCUGAUUGUAGAUUUGCUUUGUCUUUUAUGAAAUUAAUUUUAUAUAAGAUGUAUAAAAUUUAACACAAAACGUAGCAUUUUUCCAGCAAGUAGAUUGGAAAUAGAUCUCUUGCAUUUGUAGUGCAAUUCUACCAGAUUGCUGCAUGAACUUCGUUAUUUUGAUGAUAAUUGGAUUGAAAUGAUUUGAUUGAUGUUAUGAGGAAAC